AUGGGAAAAGUACCCUCCAUCUCUGAUAGAGCUAUCCAGUGUGGAGAUGCAGGACUGGGGAAACCAUUUUGUCAAUCACAUGAGUCAUCUCGGAGUCAAAAUGAAGGAACUCCAAAGCAGUGCCCACUGGAUGUUUUCUUAUGUGGAAUUGGCUAUGCCUUUGUUUUCUCUGGUUCCCUCUCAUUUAUGGUGAUCCCAUCCAUUAUCCCUAUAUCAGCACUGGCGAGAUACAUACAUCAUGUGUGCACUGGCCCAACUGGUGCAUCUACCUUCAAGGCUGUGCCACAGAAACUUCAAAAUGGCAGGAUUGCUCUUACUGGGUCUCUUCCCAUCAAGGCUAUGAUCAAAUCCCUAUCACUUUGGGCCAUUUUAGUCUCUUGUUUCUGUGAAUUCUGGCUUUCUGAUACAUUGAUGAUGUAUACACCAGCAUUCAACUGCUCUGUACUUCAAGUUAACCUCAGGGAUGAAAGUAUAGAGAAAGCUUGUUCAGUUAUUUUCUUGAAUGUUUUAAUAUCUAAUCUCCUGUCUCCCAUAAUCGGGUCUUUGACAAGUUUUCUCCUUUCUAGAAAAAUUCUCAGAUUUAUAACUGUAAGGAAACUCUUCACUGGCAUAGGUAAAGGAUACACAGGCUUUCCCAAAGGACUAACACAGAUCUUUGUGCACAUAGCUGGAGCUGUCUCUCCCACUGCUGCCAAAUUUUUCAUCAGUCAGAGUUACCAGAAUCAUACUAUUUCUCCAAUGAGCAUUGGUCUGGAUUUCAAUUCAACUUUCAGUUCUUUUCUAAAUUCCAAUAUUGACUGGAGGUCUCCAUGGUCCAACAAGCUUACCUGUGAAUGA